ACCCACUCUGUGCAGUUUCGAGCCAUGAAAUUGCCUUGCUGGGGUCUGUUGUUCGUGGCUCUGUGGAGCCGCAGCCAGAGCCAGGAGGAGAACGAGCUGAAUGUGCGGCGGAUCAUGCGGGAGAUGGAGGUGAUGCCGGAGAUCCUGGACGAGGCACCCAAGGAUCUGCUGAGGGUGAAAUUCGACAACGCCAUCGACAUUGAGGAGGGCAAGACGUAUACGCCCAAAGAGCUGAAGUUCCAGCCGAAACUCGACUGGAAUGCGGAUCCCGAGGCCUUCUACACGGUCAUGAUGAUCUGCCCCGAUGCCCCCAACCGCCAGAACCCCAUGUACCGCUCGUGGCUCCACUGGCUGGUGGUGAAUGUGCCCGGGCUGGACGUGACGAAGGGCCAGCCCAUAUCGGACUACUUUGGGCCCCUGCCGCCCCGGGACAGCGGUCUGCAGCGGUACCUGAUCCUCGUCUACCAGCAGUCGGACCGACUGGACUUUGACGAGAAGCCCCUCGAGCUGGGCAACGCCGAGGGGCACAGCAAUUUCGAUGUGUCAAAGUUCACGCAGAAAUACGAGAUGGGCUCCCCAGUGGCCGGGAAUAUCCUCCAGUCGAAGUGGGACGAAUAUGUCCCCGAAUUGAUGAAGAUGCUGUACGGCGUGGGGGAUUGAGGGGAGGGGA